CCCUACAGCCUUGGAAGGAAGGUUUGAGUCACUUGAGGGCUGAGACAAAGCAAUAUGUCCAAGUAAAAGCAUAAUCGAAUGACGAAACCCUUUGUAGCGCUGUGUGCUGUUCCGUAGAGCGGGUAGAAAUAUUCGUUGCUCCUUUUGUGGUUCAUUUGUUGGGAGAGCGCUCUAUUCGUUCGUCAUCGAGACAUGAUGGUUCAUGCCAGACUGUGACCUUAGAACUUUAUGUUGUUGUUUGGCUUUGCGUUAUGCUUGAAGGAGAAUUACGGGACCGAUUCUACGUAUGAUGUGGCUGCGGCUGCCUUCAAGUUACCAGUUGUUGUGUCACCGCAAGCCAGUGCGCAGCAUAGCGAUAACAGCAGCAGUAGCAGCUCGGCCAGACAACGACAGCAGAUUGAACAUUCUACGAUCGAUAGUGAGGCGAGCGCAUCGCACGAAGAGACCAAGGAAGUUAGUGAAAGUGAAAACGCAACUAGUAAACAUUCCGAUAACGAGGCGGUCAGUGCAACGGUAAGAGAUAAGACCGAUACGUUAUCAACAGAGCUCGCGCCCGGUGUUGUAGGUGGUAGCGGCCACACAAGUGAUUCUAUGAUUUAUUCAACGAUAAGAACAAACGAGGAGCAUGUAAACACUCCUUCGGUGAUAACGUCUAGUUCUAAACAGUUGCAAGAAAGUGCACAGAAGUACGAAUCAUAUGUUAACGCGAAUCAUCAGCUGGGAUCCCCACCGCGAUACUCCACGUUGCAUCCGUUGAUAAGUCCAAGCUUGCAUCAACAGGUGAGUUAUUUCAACUACGCGGCGCAGGAACCGUCGUUCAACAGUUGGCCCUGCGAUCUUUCGUACAAGGCUAGUAGUGAUAUUGGACGACAUCACCACGUUCAGCAUGCGGAGAGUGAUGAACGCGAAUUGAACCAUCAUCACCAACACCAGCAAAGAGAAGUGUACUGCAGCAGUGCUAAUAAUCAUCAUUCGCACGAUUCGCAUUCUCACCAGCAUCCAGACCAUUCAAAUUUAAAUUUGAAUAUCAAUCCAAUUAGUAGCGAAUCGUCAGCCAUGAGGAGUAGUCUGUUGGCGUUUUGUCCGCCGUAUGGCUCGUCGUUAGCGCAGCAUGGUGGUGAAGAAUUGCAACACCACCAAUCGAGCCAUGCUCAUCAGCAUGGAUCUGCAAUCGAUGAAGUGAUUGCGGAUACCUUGAAGGAUGAAAGCUGCAAUAUUGUGGAUCACUAUCUAACUCUCAGUGGUGCGGGUGUUGAUAUGGGGCACCCAGGGCCUUCGGGAGCAGAUAUGGCAGACGAUUCGCCGCAGCAUCAGCAUCAUGAGCUGCACGAUUUGAAGGACUACAGUGCUGCGGUUUAUCAUAACAACAAUGAUAAGAGUGUGAUCAAUUUCAACCAUCAUCACCAUAAUCACCAUCAGCAGCAGCAGCAGAACGCACACAACAAUGGCAACAGCAGUGGCGGCGAAUCGCGUAGUCCUUCGGGCUAUUCACACGAUGAGCUGGACAGCAGUCUAACGAAUUUGACUCAGUUGAUCAACGUACCUCGCGCAAGUGAUACCAGCACUUCAGCGGUGGUGGCAGUGGCGACGGCGGCUGCAGCAGCUUCGGCCAGUAUGUACCAAUCUUCACCGGUGCACGACCACACGGCGGCCGUAGCCCUGAUGCAGCAUGGGACCAGCAUCUACGAUACGCUGCAUGGAGCGGGUAUCCCUAGCAGGUGAGCAAUAUAAUUAGAUGAUAUGAAUAGGACGGUCGUUGUCUUGAUCCAGUGGCUGGAAAAAUAAG